AACUAUUGUUACUGAGUUCUGAAAGGCUCCAGGCACAGUUUGAAACCAGCUUCUAAACCACUUAGGUUAAUUUAACUGCUUGUGAAGAGCCCACCCUGCUUAGAGCCCGAAGCCUCCAAAACAUCUUGAAAAGAAACCCGAUACAACCUCCCGCUGCCUCUGUCUGCAAAGCAACAUUCAAACACCACUUUGAGACUUGGUGUGUGUGAGAAGUGAAGAGAGGAGAGCAGAGCUGAGGACACCCCCCCCCCCAAGAGUUGAGAGUAAAAAACAGUCCGCUGGGGAGAUUCAUGUUUGUCGUCUGUCUUCUUUAUGUGGAUUUUACAAUCUGAGGGGGAACAAAAGCAAUAUUGAAAAAGUUAGCCAUGAGAAAUGCUUUGCAGUGGCUAUCUGGGGAAGUUGUAUAACAAGUGACCAGGGCUCUAAGGCAGCCUCUCUUUCCCUCUUCCCUCCAAACUUUAGCUGUAUUUAAUGGUCAAGUAUUUAUUUGGAUCCCCAGGCUAGCUCAGUUGCUCUUUUUCUCCCCUGCCUGGAGAGUCCUGUGAAGCAGGAGAGAUGCAUGUGGUGUGGCUCAAGCCGGGACCCCCCAGCUUCCUGGUCCUCUGGACUCGACUCUUCCUACUGCUGCACUCCAUCCUGGCCGACUUCACCCUGGAUAAUGAAGUGCACUCCAGCUUCAUCCACAGGAGGCUCCGCAGCCAAGAGCGCCGGGAGAUGCAACGAGAAAUCCUCUCCAUCCUGGGUUUGCCCCACCGGCCCAGGCCCCACCUCCAUGGCAAACAGAACUCAGCCCCCAUGUUCAUGCUGGAUCUCUACAAUGCCAUGUCAGUGGAAGAGGAGGUCGGCGGAGAGGAGGGCCAGGGUUUCUCUUACCCUUACAAGCCCAUCUUCAGCACCCAGGGUCCUCCGCUUGCCAGUUUGCAGGACAGUAACUUUCUAACUGAUGCGGAUAUGGUCAUGAGCUUCGUCAAUCUGGUGGAGCAUGACAAAGAGUUUUUCCACCAACGCUAUCAUCAUCGGGAAUUCAGGUUUGAUCUCUCCAGGAUCCCAGAGGGAGAAGCUGUGACUGCUGCUGAAUUUAGGAUAUACAAGGAUUACAUUCGAGAGCGCUUUGAUAAUGAAACUUUCCGGAUCAGUGUCUACCAGGUGCUUCAGGAGCACACAGGGAGGGAUUCCGAUUUGUUUCUGCUUGACAGUCGAACUGUCUGGGCUACGGAGGAGGGUUGGCUGGUAUUUGACAUUACAGCCACGAGUAAUCACUGGGUGGUGAACCCACAGCACAACCUUGGCCUGCAACUGUCAGCGGAGAGUCUAGAUGGACAAAGCAUCAAUCCCAAGAUGGCAGGUCUGGUUGGAAGAAAUGGUCCCCAGAACAAGCAACCAUUCAUGGUAGCAUUCUUUAAGGCCACAGAAGUACAUCUUCGUAGUAUCCGGUCUACAGGAAGCAAACAACGAAGCCAAAACAGAUCAAAGACACCUAAGAACCAGGAAGCUUUGAGGAUGUCCAAUAUUGCAGAAAACAGUAGCAGUGACCAGAGGCAAGCCUGCAAGAAACACGAACUCUAUGUCAGCUUCCGAGAUCUGGGCUGGCAGGUACAUUUUAUAAACCCAGAGACCGUGCCGAAGCCUUGCUGUGCUCCAACCCAACUCAAUGCCAUCUCCGUUCUCUAUUUUGAUGAUAGCUCCAAUGUCAUUCUAAAAAAAUACAGGAAUAUGGUUGUCCGGGCCUGUGGUUGUCAUUAGGUUUGCCUCAGUUUAGCCUCAGGUUUCAGAUCUUCUUGUGCUGCAGAAGGAACUCCGUUCUGGAUCAUUUGGCAAAGAGCUGGAGCCUUCCACAACACAUCCUUUUAAAAGGAGCCACACUGUGCUGCCAUUUUCAAGGGUGUGGUGUUUGCGUGUAUAUGUGUGUGUAUGUGUGUGUGCGUGCGCGUAAAAGGUGCAGGGAUGAUUGAGCAAAAUCUCAAGAGCAAGAUGCUGCAAGUUGGCACAAGAAAAACAAAGCAGAAACAGUUUUACCGAAAACCUGGCCACAGCGAUUGGCUUCUAAGUCUCAAUCCAAAGAUUACUCACUCUCUGAGGGUAAUUAUGAGCACCCCUUCAUCGAGGCCACCCAGCAGGGUAGGGGUGUGUAUGUCUGUGUGUGUGCUUGUGUGCACGUCUAUAUGUGCUUAGUAAGAAUGACUUGGAAGUUCCUGUAAUAAAAGUCACAAUAAAACGAAUGAAUGAAAAAUGGUUAGGAUGUUAGAUACAUUUCCUAAACAAUUUAUCCCAAUUCCUUUAUUUACCCCAACUUCAUAAACAGAAGCUGUGGCUGGGUAUCAGAGGGCCCUGAAAUCCCAGAAAGGUCUCUGCAUUUGACUCACAAGAACAGAAAACAUGUAUGGGUUUAUUCACUCAAAACACAAGUAGGUAGAGGGGAAAAUAAAUUUCCACUCUGGGGGAUGUGUUGACGUUGAUUGGAGAAGGAAAAAUCCAAAGUAAAUAAAUUCCAAAGGACGUGUUCA